AUGCCUGCAAUUUUAAAAGAAAAUAUAACAAAGUUAAAUGAAAAUUUAACACAGAGUUUUAAGCAGAAAAGUGAGAAGGAAAAUUAUGAAAAUCAUCCUACACCGACUGUGAAGCAAGUGCUAUCAGCUAAAAUCGAGUAUGAAGAGAUUCCAAAUUACACAAAUACAUUGAGUUCACUCCAAACAAAAUAUAUCAUAUUAAAGCCGAAUCAGCAACCAUUAAACGUACAACAUGCUAAUUCAAAACCACAACUAACAUCCAACGAAAAGAAUAUCAAUGGUUCAUCUACCUCAUUGUCGUCAUGUUCUUCAUCUACGACCAGUAAACUGCCACAACCAAAAAGAAUAUUGUUUCCAAAAGAUAAGAUCCAGAUAGGAUGGAAUCAUGGAGGAAAUUCAAGAAAUUGGAGUUCAGGAUGUGGUUUUAAUAACAUUGGUAAUACGUGUUAUUUGAACUCGGCACUUCAAGCAUUUUUCCAUGUUCCUGCUUUAGCGCAAUGGCUAAUUUCUGACAGAGAACAUCGCGAAAAAAGUCCAUGUAAAGAUAAUUCACAAUGUAUAAUCUGUGCAAUGUCCAAUACACUAUUAAGCACGCAAAGGCCAAACAUAAAUUCAUUUACGCCGUCAAAUAUUACAAAUCGCUUAUCACACAUCUGCAAACAUUUAACAUUAGGACGUCAGGAGGAUGCACAUGAGUUCUUGCGUUAUUUAAUUGAGAAAAUGGAGAAGGCAUAUUUGCUUCGUUUCCGUAACGAGUCAUUCUUUAAAGAUAUGGAUCAAUAUAGUAAGGAAACGACUCCAUUAAAUCAAAUUCUUGGUGGAUAUUUGCGAUCAACUGUAACUUGCUUUUCUUGUCAUCACGAGUCUGUGACUUUCCAGCAUUUUCAAGAUUUACCGCUUGAUAUAAGUCGUGUUGGUUCGCUAACGGAAGCAAUUCAAGGAUAUUUCUCGAAAGAAAAUCUCGAAGAAUGUGGAUAUAAAUGUGAAUCAUGUAAAAAGCGAGUGUCUGCCUCAAAACGAUUUUCACUUGAACGUGCACCUGCGGUUCUAUGUAUACAGCUAAAGAGAUUCACAGCGAUGGGUGGGAAAUUGUCAAAACACAUUAAUAUCAGCGAGAAAUUAAAUCUGCAGAAAUAUUUAUCAAAAUCUAGUGACUUAAAUCAAAAUUCCUUGUACAGAUUUGUCUCGAUGGUAACUCAUUUAGGUGGAUCAUCGUCUGGAGGACAUUAUACAGCAGUUGGAAUGGGUCCGAAUGGAAAUUUUUAUCAUUUUGAUGACAGUCGCGUUUCUUCAAUUCCGAUUGAUUCAGCACUUCGAGGAAACGCUUAUGUCUUAUUUUACGAAUUAGUUCAAUCAACGACAAAGUCUUACGAAAGUAGUAUGCAUAAUGGACAUAGUAUAUUUCAUGAGAAUGGACAUACUUAUGUAAAAAACGGUUUGGAAAUUAACACUAAUGGAGCUUCAAAGUCCAAUGGGAAUAAUCAUUAUGAGAAAGUGCGCGAAAAUGACUCGAGUUUCUCGAAACCAAACUUACCUAAAUUGAUUCCAUCACAUCUCAUCAAACACAGUCAUCAGCUGCAACAACAAAAUAGACAAAAGGAAAGUGAACAGCCGUCGUCGUCGUCAAAAAAUGACAGUAAUAAUAAAAAUUUUAAUUCCUGGAAUGGUAAUUCAAAAAAUUCAGUGCAUAAUGGCAAUGGAAAGCGAGACGAAUCAGAACUUGAACAGGACCAAAAAAACGAUAUAGGCAUCAAGCGACUAAAAAUAGAACGGUCUCCCCUGCCAAGCGUACCAAGACUAAGCGAAGACGAUGAUUUAAAAAUGCCUACGACAUCGAAUAAUAUUUCAUUACCUCCCACUUUACCAUCAAAACCUAAAAGUUUAGUUCCAUACGACGAUGAUGAAGAAGAAGAACCGCCUACAAUAUGCCGUACAACUUCUGGAAUAUUCAUAGAAACAAACAUAAAAGAUACAAAAAUUAAAGCUCCAAGCAAGCAAGGAAGCACGAUAUCAACAAAAGCUUCAAUCUCUAAAACCACUGAAUUGCAACAAAAGGCUGAGCAGCAACAAAAUAACAAUAACAAUAGUAAUAAUGUUAUUGUUGCUCGCAUUGACGAUGCAAUAAGUCAAUUGAAAAAAUUAAAUCAUAGUGGAUAUGGAACGUCAAAUGUUCUAUCGUGGGGCAAUAAGCCAACAAAUAUGAAUAAAGAGGUUGUACGUGAUCAAACGGAAGAAAGAAAGCGACACAUGAUUGAUGAGGAUGAAGAAGAGAUGGAUCGUGGACGUGUCAAGAAGAUCAAGUAUAAUAAUUAUAGUCCAAUAAAAGGCAAAUUACCGAAUCCAUUCAAUGACCAUCAAAAUAUGAAUAAUAAUAAUAAUAAUGGCUAUAACGGAGGCAAUCAAAAUGGAUAUGAUAAAUACAAUGAUCGGCAAGUUCACAACAAUUUCCAACGACGACAUUCUUUUAAUCACAGCAACAACAGCAGUCAAAAUAAUAAUGGUUAUAAUUCAGGCAAGAAUUUUAAUAAUAACAGAAAUUUCCACAAAGAUUACAAAUAUAACAAUAAUCAUAAUCAUAAUAAUAAUAACCGUUUCUCUCGUAACAAUAACCAAUUUAACUACAGGCGCUAG